GCACUGUUACUUGUUGCUAUGGAAACGUCUACACUAACGACGUUGAGCUAUUGCUGUCCCUGUUGUUAGCUUUGUUUUCAUUUUACCCCCAAUGGAAUAAAAAGCAGUCGUAAAUUGAAGCGUUUUCUUCGUUUGUCAAUAAGCCAUGUUAGCAGAGGCUCGGGAUCUUGACCCGCUGGUGUCAGUAGCUUCGUGGAAGUCCUCCAUCACUGGCACCGAUACCAAAGAUCCAGGGAUUCACCACAGGCUGAGGGUUGGGAAAUCUCAGCGACAAGCAUCAAGCCAAAGAAGCUGCUUCUUUGGACUGGAAACUAGGCCAGAGCUGGUCUGGGAGGAUUGGGAACCAGGAAGAGAAUUUACCAAGACAUUAGUGAUAAAGAACAUUCAUGACAAGCUGAAGAAGCUACAGAUAAGACCUCCUAUGUCCAAUAGUUUUGCGACCCUGACUCCUGAUACCGUCAUCAGCCCAGGGACUUCCUUCUCGGUUCAGGUCACCUUUAAACCACUUCAGAGGUGUGAGUAUGAGGACAGCAUUGAAUUUCAAGGUAAAGAGGGCAGCUUUCAAGUAUGCCUCCGUGGCAUCAUUCCCUGUCACACCCUGGAGGUACCUGAGUCUGUGAUGCUCCCACUCUGUGCCGUUGAACACUCCACAGAUACUGAUUUCCUGCUAAAAAAUGCCAGUAAAUGCCAUACAUGCUUCCAGUGGGAGUGUCCUGCACCAUUCCAGCUUAGGCCAGAGCAAGGCCUGUUGAAACCUGGUCUAGAGUGUAACAUCAAAGUGGUCUUCCGGCCACAAGAUGCACUGGUGUACCAACAGCAGGCUUACUGCAGGUUCGGAGAGGAGGGCAAGCGUGAGAGUUGCUGCACUGUUCUUCUGCAGGGACUAGCCAAAUAUCCACAUCUUCAGGUGAAUUGUUCCAGUAGCAAAGGAGUCAAAGAAAAUGGUGCCCCAGUGGUGGCCUUUGGUCCUGUUGCAGUUGGCAAGAGUUCGCAGAAACACUUUGACAUUUUCAAUCCCUCUCCAAUAACUGCGUCUUUUUCUUUGUCACGACUGCCCGGUGGGGUGCCCUUUGGAUCUGAGUUCAGCUGCGAUAUCACCGGUGGUAAGGUGGCACCUGGUGGAUCACAACGGGUUUCAGUCUCUUAUUCUCCAGCUGUGGUGGAUACUGUUUCAGUGGAGUACUUGUCUGUAAAAUGUAAGGGCGCACUCAGCAAAACGCUGCUCAAACUCACUGGAAAUUGUAUCGGUCCCAGUGUUUCCUUGUCUUCCUCUGUGGUGGAUUUUGAGUGCAUUGAAGAAGGAGGAUCAGUUGUACGGAUAGUAGAGCUUGUUAAUACUUCAGCUGCCAAGGCUAUCUACCAAUGGGAUAUUGACUGUAGUGGGAAUAGUGUGUUUAGUAUCCUACCAGCAAGUGGCACUGUUCUCCCACAUAGCCAUACCAGAGUGAAGGCAGUAUAUAGGCCCUCACAGCCUAAUAUGCACCACAGGAAAGUGGCAUGCCUCAUACUGGAUGGGAACCCAGUGUUUCUUGACCUGAUUGGCACCUGCCACUCAGAGCACCACAUACCCACCAUACUAAAACCUGAACACUUGGUUCUGCACAAGCUUCACUGUGACUGCAGACAGACCUCACUACACACUCAGGGAGCCUUGCAGGAACAUCAUAAUAUACAAUUUGACCAGAAGGGGGUGCACUCCCCUGUGGAGGAGGUAUUUCUGCUAUCAUCAACCACUCCCAUGGAAGAGUUUUACCGAGCCUGCUUGGGGUACACAGAUCCCCUCUCUUCGAGAUUGUCAUUAUCAUUACUACAUGUAUCUGUGGCGCCAAGUGAACUGCUGUUUAAUCAAAAUGGAUCCUCUUCAUCUGCCUCUGCUUUUUCGCAGUCUGUCUCUAUCACAAACCACACCAGAAGGAAACUCAGCCUAGUGUGGACUGUUGCUCAAGAUUCUCCAUUCUCCAUCUCUCCAUCAUCCUGUGACUUGGCUUCUCAGAAGUGCACCUUAUUCAGAGUGACAUAUGCCCCCAAGCAGCCCAAUACCCUGCAUGGAGCACAACUUGAGUGCUUUGCAUACUCAAAGGACAGUCAAGAUGAAGGUGUGUGUCCACCCUGGUGUGUGACUGUCAGAGUCACUGGCCACUCCUUUGAGCCAGGCAAAGACUUCAUUCCAUGCUGCUCUGUAAAGCCCCCUCACGUGGUGUUUCCAGCCCUCAGUGUCAUUUCCUAUCGGACAGUGUUACUCCACAAUGACGGAGACUUGCCGCUCACUUUCUUUUUGGACCACAGCUCAAACCCUGCCUUGGCAGAAUCUGUGUUUGUAGUGCCAAGCUGUGGUUUGAUCCAGCCAGGAGAUCAUCAAAUCCUCACCCUCAGAGCAAUGCCAGUAGAGGAAAAUUCUAAACAGGGAUUUAAAUUACACCUGCAGCUCAAUGCAUCUAAAUUCACAAGGGAACUGACAGUUGUCAGUGUGGUGGAAAAGCUGUGUGUGUCACUGGAAGGAAGCAGCAGUUUAUAUUUCCAGCCAACAGCAGUGGGCUCACAGGCCCAGUGCACCCAUCACAUCAGGAACUUAAGCCUCCUGCCACUAAGAUUCCAGUGGAGCAUUCCAGAGCCAGACCAGGAGCUUAUCUCUGUCAAACCAGAUGCCGGUGAACUGCAUCCCAAUGAGAGAUCAAUCCAAACAUGGUCUUUCACUCCACUGGCAGAGAAAACAUACACACUAGAACCUACUCUAACCUACUGGCCUAUCCAGACAGGUGGACCCAACAAGUCACACCUUACCCUUGUAGUGGAGGGAAUGGGUUCCAGGGGCUCCAUCGAGGCAGAGAAAGCAGCCCUGGAUGUGGGAGAGACUUUGGUUGGAAGUUGUCGAACUAUUGAGAUUCCUCUAGUGAACAGGAGCCUCUGUCCAGUCUCCUUCAGCCUCUCUGUACAGCAGAUAAUUCGGGAUGAUGAACAUACUUAUGACUCUGCAGCCGAGCAAAGUGCCCUACAGCUGGACUUUGAGAGGGGAACCAUUGCCUCACAUUCCACAAUGCUGGUUCGAGCCACUGUCAGACCAAAGAAACGAGCCGAGUACCUCUGGACUAUCACAUAUCAGACACUAAAUGCCAGUGGAUUUGUGUUGUCACCUCAUCAAGCAGUGUGUGAAGUGCGUGCUAGGGGUGUGUUUCCCUCCCUGCAGGUGAUCGAUGCAUGCAGCAGGGGCUGUGUGGGUGGACUCAGCAAGACACAUCUAUGGAAACUAUUCUCACUGGACACCCUCAAUGACCAAUUGCUGUCCAGCCCGUCCUCUGAGGAACUCACUUUUCAAACUCCCACCAGGCACAGCCUUCACAGAAGUCCUUCCAUCUUCACCAAAGUAAUGUUGGAGUUCAGCUUUGGUUCUGCUCCUCUAAAUUCAGACCCUUCAAUUUUUGUGUUGAUGUUUCACAACCCUGGAACUAUUCCUGUAGACUGGGCAUUCUUGUUUCCAGAGGACCAGCAGAUAGAGUUGGAAUACUGGGCAGUGACAGGAGAGUUCAGUAGCACAGAGCUGUACCAAAUGAAGGUUCAGGACAACCAAUUGUUUAGCAUUUCACCUCGCUCUGGAACUCUGCUUCCUGGCAAGAAGCGGGCAGUACACUUUAGCUACAGUCACGUCUUUGCUGGAACAGAUCACUUUCCUGUCGUGUUCAAGCUCUCUUAUGGCAGAGAGAUCUUGCUGAACUUCCAAGGGGUGACGGUGGCGAGAGAUCAGCCAUAUCUCCAAUUUGCCUCCAGUGAACACAUCUUGACUUCUGUAACUACUGGAGAUUGCAGUCCUCCAAAGCAGGUGUGUGAAUUACACAAUGGUGGGGCAGUGCCAGCAUGGUAUGAUGUGGACACAGCUGUGUUGUCACAACUUCAAGCGGACAACUUUAACCAUCCAGUGCUGCGCUGCCUCAAUCCUCAAGGAGAAAUCCCUCCAGGGAAAACUGCCGUGCUGGAAUGGAUCUUCUCACCAUUAGAGGCUAAGACGUAUCACUUAGAUGUUCCUAUCCACAUCAGGGGUAGUGACUCAGCAGUCAUGAGGUUUAAAGGAUGUGGGCUUAAUAGCCUUACACAGGACUCCUCAACCCGAUUUAACAGCAGUGAUGGUCACACAUUUGCAAACCUGUGUUAGGAGGGUGCCCUUCCAGGACAGGUAUUGUUCCUGUCUGAGGACAGCAUCUUUCUAGGUGACAUCCCUGUGGGCUCACGAUCUUCAAGAAUCCUCUUCCUCACCAAUGUGUCCUGCAGAGACACUGCCCACUAUACAUGGGACCUGCCCCAGCCCAGCAGCCACCAGGUUGUGCAGAUCCAUCCAGACCGAGGUCAUCUUUGUCCAGGGGAGUGUGCCCUUUGUGUCCUCACCUUCACUUCUACUGACUACCCCACAGUUUAUCAACUUGAUCUCAUCUGUCAGGUCACUCUGGAAGCUGAACUUAGUCGGUAUCAUGAGGCUUUGCAGCGCUGGGAAAACGAGAGAGAAAGACAGAAUGAAUUUACAAUCACAGACAAAAGCAUCACAGACAGCCAAAGAGUUUUGAUAGAUGAGACAGUCCCAGCAGUCCCUGUAAGAAAAGGUCCACCACUCCGAAAAUAUAAGACCCUUCCUCCUAUCUGUGGCAGUAGUGGUUGUGAAGCAGUAACUAUAGGUGCUAAACUAAUCACAGCUGAGCCGCGGGCACAGCGAGAAAUAGAAAAAAUUUGGAGGCGCCCUGAACCCCCCAAACCUGCACUGCUGCAUCUCACGGUUACAGCGCACUCCCAUGGCCUAAUGGAGUACCUAACACACUUUCCAGAUCUUAAUAAGCAUUUUAGAUGCCUUGACUCAGUUAAGAUGCAGCAUCCUGAAACCACUUCUCCCACAUAAAUCUUCCCUACUGGGCUGUCUACACGAGCACACGGUCCUGACAAAGACAUCCUCUUGCACAUACUUAGCUGUAUGAUAAGCAACAUACUUGAUGACUCUACCUUCAUCCAGUGUCUGAUUUCUCUGGCCUCCAAGCCCGACACCUACCGGCUGGCAGAAAUGUCUCCCUCUGACUGCUCAUCAUUGCCAUCCUCCUGUCAGUUGUGUUCCACCUCUUCUUCCACCCCUACUCCACAGACUCAGGCUCCGUUGAUUAAGGCAGUGGACAGUGCAGAGAUUACAGGAUGCUUGGGAAACAGGCCCCAAACACAGAGCACAGGAUCAGCUGAACAUGUACCUGCUUUCAUAAGUGAACAUGUUUUGAUGAACACCCUCCAGAACCUGAUGAUGGAAGCUGUCAGAGGAGAGCUUGUCCUUACUGCGCACCCCCGCUCUAUUAUCCUACCACCUCUGUCUACCAGGAGGAGGAUGUCCAAAGCCAUGAAAGGAACCAGAAGAGACAAGUCUCACCAUCAACCCAGUGUCCGGGGCCUGCCUCCCUCCACUGAUUUCAGUAAAAUCCAGCUCAUUAUCUUUACACAUGCAGACCCAGUCAAAUCGUUUUUCCUUCUCAUUUGCCCAACUUAAUUCUUGACUCCUUUUUUUUAUAGUUUUUUAAAACUUACAAGCAUUUACAUCCACAUAUUGACUGGUCUGAACUAAUUUUUAUUUUUUACUUUCUAAAAUUAAGAAUUGCCUGGGAAUACAAAAUAGCACAUAUAGUCAAUUUCUACUGACCAGUAGUAUUGCAGAUACAUAAUAUGUGGAUUUUACCACUUUAAUAUCAGAUUUACCCUUGAGUCAUUCAUUGUUUUUUCAAAGUGCUGCUGUGUUUGUCAGAUAAAAAUCAAUAGCAAUAUAGGUAAUGCUCUAAUAGGAAAGGAUUUCCAAAGCUGAUAUUCAGUAGAUGUAAAAGGUUCUUAUUACUGGGUUUUUUUUUGUUUGUUUUUGUUUUUAAUGGAUCUCUGAAAUGAAUAAGAUGCUGAACAUCUUUUAGCCACUACACAUGUUAUCACCUGCUCAGUGUUUUCUGUUUUAAAAGAUAAAAAAAGUCCAUCAGAC